UCGAGGGGCUGGCUUCCAGUCUACCAGCUCUUUUUUCUCUCCCUCUUCUUUAGCCAUGGCGAUGAUGCUAUGAGACCGCUUCCUGAAAUCUUCACAGACCCUUUGCGCGAUUUGUGUCUUUGCUGAUUAUCGCGCGCGAAGAAUAGUUAGAUGUUGGUUUUAUAACAGCGUGAUUGGACAUAAUCUUCAGAGAGAAGAAGGAUGUGUGGAGUUGUCUGCGUCGAGGCGAGAUUAGAGUCGCUAGGGUUUGGGGUUGGGAGGGAGUGAAGGUGUUGAUCGGUUGGAUCAAGGGAAAGCGGUGGUGGUGUUGGUGAAGAGUGUAAAGGAGGCUUGGUUGCUGAGGGGAGGGCUAGGACUUGGCCGUCGCAGGGAUGGACAGCGUGUAUGGCGACGACGCGUCAGGCGCUAUGUCCAACCCCGCGAUGAAAUGGAAAAGCCAAAUGGCGCGCCGGUUUCAGUUUUUCUUGGACAAGUCCACGCCGCAUGCGGGCCUGCGAUGGGUCGGCACGCUUUUCAUGGCUGCAAUCUACUGCCUUCGUGCUUACUACGUGAUGGGUUUCUACAUUGUGACGUACGGGCUCGGCAUCUACCUGCUGAACCUGCUUAUAGGUUUUCUGUCUCCUCAAGUAGACCCUGAGAGCGAGGGCCCUGCCUUACCGACGAAGGGCAGCGAUGAGUUCAAGCCAUUUAUUCGCAGGCUUCCGGAGUUCAAAUUCUGGUAUGCAUUUACGAAGGCGUUGGUGGUGGCAUUCGUCUUGACGUUUUUCAGCAUAUUCGACGUGCCUGUGUUUUGGCCAAUAUUGUUGCUGUACUGGAUCGUUCUCUUCGUCCUGACCAUGAAGCGCCAAAUCCGACACAUGAUCAAGUAUAGAUAUGUCCCUUUUUCAUUAGGCAAACAGCGAUACACUGGGAAAAAGCCUUCCGCGGACAAGGCCAGCACUUCCAGCGACUAGGCGUGUCUUUGAACGCUAGGUAGAUGUGGGUCCGUGCUUAGUGCCUGCGGACAUUUAUUUGAGAGAGCCGAGCUCUGGUGGCUGCUGAACUCGGUUUCAGGUCAAGAAGCAGGUUGGGUUGGUGUGGGGGGUCUUGUGGAGCACACCUUUGAAAGGGCAUUGGAAGGGUUUUAUGCAAUGCUAGCUCAUUCUUUGUUUCGAGCCCUGCCGGAUUCCUUUAUCUGCGUCCCAUUUACACAUGGCAACACGGUUGGUAGACCUAAUUCUUUGCAUCCUGUAUUGAAACUUGGAUCUAAUUUUCUAGCGUUUUUGUAACAAGAAACUAGUGUAAAAUGCAUGUUUUGAACAGUGUCUUUGUGCAGCCUAGUAGAAUUGUUUACCUUUCCUAGAGUCCUGUUCGGGACACUGAGCUCAGCGUAUUUUAUUGGGUUUGUCCUCGAUUCAGAUUGCUUCAUGUCCUGAGUUUUGAGUAUUUGGUUCACUCUAGACAGUAGUUUCGUGCUUUUUAGUAUCUUAAAACAAAUUGCAUGUAAUAUUUAGUAUUGCUCUUCACCUUUCUAGUGUCAUUCAAAAAGUAAGCAAUUUACGUUUGAACUUACCAUCAAGGUGUCCGACGAUGCCUUCACAUGAAAGUAUCCCUUCAUGUUAA